AUGCGCAGGAGAUCGACAUAUGUCACUCACCCGAGUCGCGCUGUCAACCCAGAUGAUAUUCAAGUUCGCCAAAAUCAGCUUCUGCUGGGAGCAUUGAAAGCAGCACGGGAAGAACGCUUGACUUUGGGUCUCGAGGAAUUGCCAACAGAGAUAGCCGACUACUUGCGAGAAUGCCAUGAACUUCAUGUCCGUUGGGCACCAGAGCUUCCCUACAAUACAACAGCCCCGUUUCUGUCAAGGAUCUCCCCUGGUCUACACGUCCAAUACACCCCUUUGCACGAAGAUCAGGAUGAUCGACUUUGUGAUCUCCUGCACAAAGUUUUCGGAAAGCAGCUUCGAUGCGAAUCUGCCGGCACCACCUUCAUCAGUCCUCCUCUAAUCUCUGAACGCUUUGCUCAGACUUCUAGUCUACAAUACUAUUCUCUUCUCCCUUCGAUCAAGCAUCUCGUUGCUUACAUAUACCAUUCUGCUUGCACACCAAAUGACUUGCAGUGUUUGCACACAGCGUCGCUUCUGAACAUUGCUGAUGCUGUGGACUUUGAUUAUGACAGCAUUUCCCAUGCUCUCACCUUGACCGUGUUCUGGUCCAGACAGCCUGCUGUAUUCUACGACCCAAUAGGCGACUUCACGACGCUUGAUGCGUGGAACCUCGAUGUGCAAUCCAGAAAGGAUGACAGGGUGGAGGUGGGCAUUCUCAGCGCGUCACCAGCGCCCGAGCCCUCGGACCUUCAGCUAUCAGGCUUUCUUACUGUUGUGGGGGAAGAUAAUCAUCCGAAAGCUACUCUUUUCAGCUUUCCCUCGCGGCAUCAUACCUUUGGUCCAGAUCAAGCAAAGUUCCAGAGAUAUUCUGUUUCAUUUGAUGAGCCUACAGGACUGCAUCCGACCUUACGAAUCUCUUUCCCUUCGGCAGUCUCAUUGACCGAGCCUAAGAACAAGCCUCCUGGAAGCGUUUGUGCAUUACAGACCUAUUUAACUCUUCCUUCGCAUAUAUUUGCCGACAAGUAUGCGUUUCUCAGCAAAGAUCCGCUUUUUCAAAAGCUCCAUCAUGUCGGUCAAUUGCACUCCAUUGCUGGUGAGACAGAUCUAGAGGCUCCGAAUUAUGUCGUCAGCAAAUGGGGUUCGACGAUGCUGCUCGAAAUCCAGACACCCAAUGGAAGCGUUGGAGAACCUAAAGCUGCUAGUGGUGCGUGGGAUGUGACCAUACCAUUACACCUACGAUAUCUGGAACCAAAGAAUGGUAGCUCGUCAGAAGUCGAAAUACCUUGGCCUGCUGUCUUCUGGGCCUGCACCGCUGACGAUGGUACCAAGUUCCCGGUAAAUCCGUUCGAUCGAAUUCAUCUUGGUUUCGAAGGAUUGUUCGGGCCCAGAACCAUGUUCUAUCAUCUCGACCCAGCCACUGCCGAGGGUGCAGCUCCAGCAAGACUGGUAGAGCGCAUUUCCGUGCCAAUCUUGGACCUCAAUGCUGCAAGUCCCUCAACAAUUGAAUCCCUAACUAUUAUUGGGAUCGCACUUGGAUUUUUGUGGGUGCUAUUAAAGCUGAAGCCCUGGUCCACGGCACGGUCCAUCCGAGACAAACAGGCUUCGGGAAUCAAGAAGGUGCAAUGA